AUGUCAGCUACUGACUCACCUCCAAGGGACGUCAAGUUUAUUCCAGAAACACCAACUUCAGUUCACUCUUCUGAAUCACCUCAGGAACAUCACCACUCAUCAAAGAAACCUCGCAACUACAAGUACUGGUCUGAUGAGGAAGUCAAAAAAAUCCUUCACUGGCUUACUUUACCAGAGAAUGAGGGUAAAUUAGCACGUAAUAAGGCGCAAGCAUGUCGAGAAGUAGCCAAGAAUUUAUUUGAUGGAGAUGAAUAUAUGGCUAUCUCCGUAAGAUCGAAAUUAAUGUCACUAGAAAAAGGGUUUCGAGAAGCAGAACAAUUAAGGUCUCAACUUCAUACAACAGAUGAGAGUUUAAUUCAUGAAAUAGAUAAAAUGAAGGAAAUCAGUAAAUUUUAUAAAGAAUGUAAACAGUUAUUUGGUACAAGGAACAAUGAAGCUGGUUUUCUACCACCUAUUUCAACAUCCCCUAAUUUGCAACAUAUGCCUACGCCUUCUUCUUAUUCAUCUAAUUCUUCUCAUCGACAUCAAUCUAGUCCUACACAUCAUUUACCACCUAGUACAAUAUUACCCCGUCCAGAUUAUGAGUCAGACAACAAUUUACCGCAUCUAAAUGAAGAUCGUCUAAGAGCACUAAGUAUUCCGCCUCAUUUAAUGCGCCGUGGAUCAUGGACACUUCCCCGUGUCGGUGGAGUUGACCUGGCCCCAGUCGUACAGAAUGAAGAAGAAGAAGAACUGUUUAGAAAGAAAGAAUGGUCCCAUGUCAAAGUAGCAAGGUAUGCUGCGAAACAAGCAUCGUAUGCAGCCAAAAAAGCAGAAUAUGAAGCAUUAAGAUCAAAACAUGAACAGCACAAGAUGGAAUGUGCUAUUCAACUUGCUAAAAUCGAACUCGAUCGUGAUGCUUUAUCCGUAAGGAAAUUAGAACUUGAAUUGGAACUGUCGAAACGAAAAGAGUAA